GCCACUUCUUUGUAAAUUGCCUCUAAACAUCCAAGUCAUUUUCAACUACUUACAACAUUCCCUGCCUACUGCUCCUGCUCAUCUAUAUGGACGCAAAGUUGGAUGCGACUGAUAUACAAUCUCAAGUACUCCGAAAUACUCUUGCAGAGGUAGCGCUGUCAAGCAGACAAUCCGAAGCCGAUAAUCCAAACGAGACAUGCUGCGUCAUCUGCCUCGAUAGCAUCACCGAGGUCUGUGAGGCCAGGCCUUGCAGUCAUCGGAAUUUCGAUUAUCUCUGCCUCCUUAGUUGGCUGGAGCAGCAGACAAGAUGCCCUCUUUGCAAGAGCAAUGUCGAUGAGGUCUGGUACGAUUUCGAAAGCGAUAGCCCUGAUGCGAAAAGCAGGGUAUACCUAGUUCCGCCUCCGAAGGCCUCAUCAAAACAGCCCCAACAAUCGCAUGCCCAAAUCUUACAUCCGCGAAAUAUGAUUCCGAGACCAAACCGUCGACGAUACGAAGAAGCGCCUCCGCGCCGGAUAACUGCCAAUGAAGCUAUUCUCCGCCGGCAAGAUGUCUAUCAUAAUCAACUCUACUCCCUACACGUCGGGUCGAACCAAAGAUCGGGCUAUCGAGAUUUAACUCCGCAAGUGUUCGAAUCCGAUCCCGAGAUGAUAUCAAGGGCGCGAACGUGGCUCAGGAGGGAACUACAAGUCUUCGAAUUCCUUCGAACUCCACCUACCGCACAAUCCAGCGACGACGCGAUCACGAGAAGACGUGCGAAUAACGCCGAGUUUCUACUUGAGUACAUAAUUGCUAUCCUAAAGACUGUAGAUAUUCAAGGGAGCCAGGGUCAAGCGGAAGAAAUGUUGAAAGACUUCCUCGGUCGCGAUAAUACCAAGUUGCUCCUUCACGAACUCAAGAACUUUUUGCGCAGUCCCUGGUCUUUGGAGGCUUGGGAUCGCAAGGUCCAGUACCCUACGGCAAGGAAGCGACGAGUCCAGGAAGAAGAUGUUGAGAGGAGCGACCAAGUAAGCAACGUAUCUCGAAUAUUUGAAGCGGACGAAGGCCUAGACAGGCGGAAGCGACGGAUAGGUGAUUCCUAUCGUCCUUCAUACUCAAGCCGUCGCCACAAUAGGAGAGAUAACACGAACUAAUUUACACCAUAUUAGACCCCCUUGCCAUUGUUAAUAUCAACAUUUAAUGCUUCGCGACCUUGUAUUCGAGUCUGGAACCAAUAAGCUCGGCUCCUGCAAUAAAUAUGACAAUGUGAGACUCGGAUAUAGCCGUG